GGAGAAACUUCCGGCAGAGGUGGCCUCGUGGAGGAGAAGGCAGCAUGGGGCAGUCGGGGCGGUCCCGGCACCAGAAGCGCGCGCGCGCCCAAGCGCGGCUCCGCAACCUCGAGGCCUACGCCGCGCAGCCGCACUCGUUCGUGUUCACGCGGGGCCGCGCGGGUCGCAGCGUUGGGCAGCUCAGCUUGGACGUCCGUCGGGUCAUGGAGCCGCUCACCGCCAGCCGCCUGCAGGUUCGAAAGAAGAAUUCGUUGAAGGAUUGUGUGGCAGUGGCUGGGCCCCUUGGGGUCACACACUUCCUGAUCUUAAGCAAAACAGACACCAAUGUCUACUUUAAGCUGAUGCGUCUCCCAGGAGGCCCCACUUUGACCUUCCAGAUCAAGAAGUACACGCUGGUGCGUGAUGUGGUUUCCUCGCUGCGCCGGCACCGCAUGCACGAACAGCAGUUUGCCCACCCGCCCCUCCUGGUGCUCAACAGCUUCGGCCACCAUGGCAUGCAUGUCAAGCUCAUGGCCACCAUGUUCCAGAACCUGUUUCCCUCCAUCAACGUGCACAAGGUAAAUCUGAACACCAUCAAGCGCUGCCUUCUCAUCAACUACAACCCUGACUCUCAGGAGCUGGAUUUCCGCCACUAUAGCAUCAAAGUCGUUCCUGUGGGUGCCAGUCGUGGGAUGAAGAAGCUUCUUCAGGAGAAGUUCCCCAACAUGAGCCGCCUGCAGGACAUCAGUGAGCUGCUGGCCACGGGCGCAGGGCUGUCAGAGAGCGAGGCUGAGCCUGACGGCGAGCACAACAUCACGGAGCUGCCCCAGGCCAUUGCGGGGCGCGGCAACAUGCGGGCCCAGCAGAGUGCAGUCCGCCUCACCGAGAUUGGUCCUCGGAUGACACUGCAGCUCAUCAAGAUCCAGGAGGGUGUCGGGGAGGGCAAUGUGCUGUUCCACAGCUUCGUGCACAAGACAGAGGAGGAGCUCCAGGCCAUCCUGGCAGCCAAGGAGGAGAAGCUGCAGCUCAAGGCCCAGAGGCAGGACCAGCAGGCCCAGAAUAUCCAGCGCAAGCGGGAGCAGCGGGAGGCCCACAAGAAGAAGAGCCUGGCAGGCAUGAAGAGGGCACGGGCUGACGGGGACAGUGACGCUGAGGACCCCGGGCCCCCCCCAGAGGCAGAAGGAGCUGGCUGGCAGGAGGAGGAGGAUGAGGCCGAGUAUUUCCGCCAGGCAGUGGGCGCGGAGCCUGAUGAGGACAUGUUCCCCAGGACAGCCAAGCGGACACGGCUUACCGGGCGUCCAGGCAAGAAGCAGCAGGUAAAGGAUUGGAAGCCAACGGAACAGAGGCCAGACCACAGCAGAGGUCGAGGGGGUGACUGGAAGCCUCCAAAGUCCAAGGGCAGGCCCUGGGGAAACCAGGCCAAGCCAGGGCUCAGAGGGGCUGCCCGGGACCACAGGCGAGGCCGGCCACAGCAACCGAAGAGAGUGGCUUGAGCCCAGGCCUGAGCCGUGGAUGAAAUGCCCCAGAUUGGGGCCCGAGAGAUGCUGUCCUGGGCUCUCACCUGGGACUCCAGGUGUGCCCUCGGUUUCCUUUCAUAAAGGAGCGGAUGUUCUCAGUCCCCCCACUCCAAUAAAUGCCUGAACUUCUCUUGA